AUGAGUGGGGAGAAUGAGGAGGAAGUUGGUUUGUUGCUUCAUGAUCGGGCCACUCUGAACGAUGAGCGUGUGCGUGUUCUCGGCAGUCUGGGUGCCACGACCAAUGGUGACCUGAUGCAGCGACUCUUCGAGCUGACAUUCACGGAGUACGUGCGCAAGCAGGAUCGAACGCAUGCACUUCUGGGUGUGACUGGUACGCCGGGUGGUCGACGGGCGUUGUGGAAUCUGGUGCGUGGCCGCAUCGCGACGCUGAGUGAUGAUUUGGGCACCUCGCAUCUCCUUGCCAGAGUCAUCGAGGUAGGUUGA